AUGGCCCCGGGGCAGCAGUGCGAUGGCGGCCAGGAGGAGCAGCUGAGGGAGCGCCUCCGCCAGGAGGUCGCGGCCUCCUUGGAGGCGGUGCUGGCGGAGAAGGCCGAGUCGUUGUGGAAGCGCGGCGCCGCGGAGGUGGCCGCGCUGCGGCGGGAGCGCGAGCAGGCUGUCGCGAGCGUGCGCGAGCUGAGGGCGCGCCAGGAGGAGCUGCAGGAGGAGCAGGCCAGCAUGAGGGAGGCGCUCGUCGGGCUCACCGCCAGCUUCGAGAGCGUGGUCUCGGAGCUGCGCCAGGUGGUCCGCCUGCUGCCGCGCCCGGAGCCGCCCGGCGCCGCGGCGGCUCCGCACCCAGGCCAGGCCCCCUCCACGGACUUCGAAAGUCCAGAGGCAGCCACCGGCGUCGGUGUCGCCUCCGCCGUGGCGAUCGGCGGCGUCGGCGCCUGGGAGGAGCCUGGGCAGAGCACGCUGGCAGAAGAACCAGUGACUGUCGUGGACUCCGACGACGACUGGGGCGAUUGGUCCGCGGCCGGCUUCAAGUGCGCGACGAGCGCGGCGCAGUUUGCACCGGGACACGGGGGCUCGGUAUCAGGAGAUGGGAAGGAGAGCGCGCGAGGUUCUGAGCAGGCUGGGUCCGCCGGGCCAGCGGCUGCGACUGCUGCGGGAGACGACGUUGGCGCGGCAGGCGGCUCGGCGGAUGCACGGGCGAGAGACGUUGCACGCAUGGUUGGCAGGGCGCGCGCGAUAGAAUUCGAUCGCAUGAAGAGGAUGGAGGAAUUCCCGGCGAAGCUGCUCGGCCAACGGCGACGGCUCCCUGAGCGGCGCAUUGUUGGCAACACUCACUACCGUGAUUUCUCCAACGCGAGGCCUCCGCCUUGGGGCAUCAAGCGCGUCGUCGAAUCGCCGAAGGCUCGCGGUCGGGAUCCGGCGCGGGUGGUCGAAGCAGGGCGCUGCGACCCGGGGCGCCUCGUCGGCGCCUACGACGACGGCAACGUGGACGAAGAUGACUGCCUGCGCCCGCCGCGAAGACGUUGCUGCAGCGCCACCGCCGAGGUCUCCGACGAUGUGUCGAGGCCGGUGGGGAGGCCAUGCCGUUCGACGACAGCCUGUCUUAUCGAGAGCACGUUCGUGGACUGCGAUUCGCCGUGGCUGAAGCGCAUCGCCCUGGCUCGGAGGCCCAGCUCCGACCCUUCCGCCGCGUCCUCGAGCAGCUUCACGGAGUCGUCGGAGUGGGCCAUGGCGGACGUCACACGAUUGCAGCCGACCUGCGACGCCAGCGCCAAUUGGCAAGUCUGCCUGUGGUCGGUGCGGCGGGACUGGGUGAGCGGCAUCACAGGAGGCAUCCUUGCCUGCAACAGCGCAGGGCGCACCCGCGGCGAGGUUCGAGGCGUUGUGGCCAUGGUUGCCGCGAGGGGAAGCCAGCUGUCCAACGGCACCGAUUUCGGGCCCAGCUCGUCGGCGCCCGCGCCUCCUGGCAGCCCGGCGCUCCGGAUCUCGCUGGCCAGCGCGCUCGACCCCGCCGCGCUCACGCCCCCGCCGCGCGCGCAGCGCUCCAGGAGGCUGCAGAUCUCCGAGUGCCUGGCCGCCUCGCCGGGCGGCGCUGCGUGCGGCGCCGCCACGGACUGCGGCGCCGCCGCGGCGCUCGGCGGCGGCGCGGAGGCGCCGCCGCAGCUGCUGCGCGCCGAGGCGCCAGCCUUCGUGAUGCCAGGCGGCGGCGCGCCGUGAGGGCCGCGCCGGGAGGCCCUCGUCGAGGGAGGGGAAACCACCCGGGCCCGAUAGUUGGCUAUGUUUUGUUUUUCCUAGGAGGACAUGCCCGACUGAAAGCCACUCUUGGCUCUCGUCUUUCCACGGUCGACGCCGGGCUGGGAUCUCGGAGGUGCCAGCGGCCCGCUGCGCCUUCGAUUAGCCCCAGCAUUGUGCCUUGCCCAGAUUCCCGACGUCAUGACUGUGCUGCUGCUGCAGUCCUGGCUGUGUUCCGUCGAUUCUGGCCUCUGGCGACCCGUUUCGGGCUCGAGGACCGUCCAACAUUGAUCUGGCCUGAUGUUCAACAAUCACGACAUCGGGUGACUGUGUUCGACUUGCCUGCCACGCAUCGGGCAACGUCCCAAGUAGGCAGGAUGAGCGCGGCCGCGUCUGCGAAGCGCUGGCUUGCCUGAGGACGCGAUGAUCGUAGAACGAUGUGUUGUAUGUGCAUGCGACGGGUUGUUGUCUUGAGCUCGCAGUAGGCAAGCCUAGGAUGCCACCUCGCUUCAAGAAGUCAUUAUUUUCG